UGUCUCAUGCGUAACAACCUAUGCCACUCCCUUCUCCAAACGGAGAGGAGGGUUCCUUUAGGAUCACUCUAGUGAAGAGCGCCUUUUAGUUAGCUACAUGUUGGGGAGAGGGGACAGCGCUGGGAAACAUACUGGACUUCAGUGACAAGGAACUGUUGCAGCAUUCUGACAUUGCUGUAACAGUAUGCUCUACAACAGUAGCUUAUGAUCCCGCACUUGUGUUUGUGAAAGAAUGGGGCAAACUAUUGGCUAGCCUACUUAUAAGGACUCAAACUUAGGUAUUUGUUGCAUAACUUGCAUAGUAAUUCACAGACUGGAUAACUGUCGGUUACUGGGACAUCGGCGACUAGAGAGGAACCAAGAGAUCAAGAUCCUGUCUGCAAUGCUGACAUUCUUGGUGCAUAUCCUCAUCGUCUCCCACGGUGCUGUGUCGGUGGAGCCUGUGGAAGAAUCCCCCCAUGGAGACCUUCUAGACCUCCCCUGGCAGACAGAGCUCUGCUGUGCCUCACGCCCAGCCCAACUUCACCAGGGAGUAGAGGGAGCAGACAGGUGGUCUGCGGGGUCCAGGGCAGCACCAUCUGUUCCGGGACACCCACACACCCCUCAGUGCCUCUUCAGGAACUUCACAAGCACACUAGGACCUCACCCGGAGACUGAGCCCAGCAGAGCCACCUGUUGGGACAUCCUGUGCCGUGUUGAUGAGACCUGGGAAAAUGUAAUAUGUGAUCUAAAGCACCUCACCACUUCCUCAGACACCUCCACUCCCGGGUCAGUGGCACUUUGCUUGCAUCACUUAGCAACACUGUCUGACAGUGAGGUAAACACCACGCAUGGGACUGACAGCAUGGACUGUGUGGGAGAGGAUUCCAUCACUUGUUCUAUUGCUCUCCAUGUGGUCAGCAGUAUCGUCGUGGUGACAGCCAAUGUGUCCAACACCACAGCAGGUCCCCUGGUGAUGCUCAGCGUCCCUCCAUGUCUCGGGAAACCAAGUCCACUAGUGAACCUAACGCACACCCAGACCACAGAGGGAGAGUUGGUUCUGAGCUGGAGCGACCCACAGCCACAGCCCCAUGCCAGCCCUGUCCCACUGAGCUAUGAGGUCCGAUACAACACCUCCCAAAGUACCUCUCACCCCAACUGGCUGCACAUGGAGGUAUCUGGAGGCCAGUGGGUGUCUCUGACUGGACUGAGGCCUGGUCUGCACUACACUGUCCAGAUCCGGUCUCACCACCCUGCUCUGCCUCACCUGUGGAGUGACUGGAGCCAGCCACACCGCAUCCAUCUGGAAAAUGUGACAUAUCUCCCUGAGAGAGUGGUGGCCAGCUUUGGAGACAGCGUGACCGUGUACUGCGUGUUCAACGACCUCACGGUGAACGCCAGCACCACGGUCUGGAUUCUGAACUCCCGUGACCGCCUGCCUAAGAGCCAGUACACUGCGGUCAACGACCGUGUCAGUAAGAUAACGGUUCGACCAUCGGAGCAGAGACUGUCUGACACCCUGCAUUGCUGCCAGCCUUUAGGGGAGACGUAUAGCUGUAACUACCGCUACGCAACGAUAUAUAUUAAAGAUCCGGUCAUUGAUAUCAGCUGUGUGACCAAUGGGGAUCUGGACAGCAUGACCUGUAGGUGGAACAACCUACCUGUAGGUGGAAUCAACUUCCUGUCCAGGGUGGCCGACCUGUCCUGUGACGUCAUGGAGGAGGCGGAGAGGGUGGGCGGGCCAGUGGGUGUGGUCAGGCAGGCGAAGUGUGAAUCCAGCAGCUCUAGGGGAGUGAAGAGCUGCAAUCUGCAGCCAAUCAGAGUGACUUCCUGCUACAAGCUGUGGAUGGAGGCCAAGACAGACAACGGCACGAGGUCACAUCCUGUCUACAUCACACCUAUGGAACACGUGAAGCCCCAUCCUCCCUCAGGCCUUGAGGCAGUAAGCAUGCCCAGUGGGGUCCUAAAGCUGGCGUGGGUGCCCCCAGAACUGCCCCUCUACGAUAUGCAGUACCAGGUCCGCUAUGCCCUCUCCACUGGCAGGGCCCAUCCAUUCUGGCAGGUCCUAGCUCCGCAGACUGAGUUGUGGGCUGAGGUUCCUGAACCAGAUGUGUGUGGGGUGUACAAUGUGCAGGUCCGCUGUGUGCACAUCAACGGCUCCGGGACCUGGAGUGACUGGAGCCACUUGCUCUACACCACCCCUCACAACAGCAGAGCUCCUGACCAGGGUCCUGAUUUCUGGCGAGUGUUUCAGGAGGAUCCACCAAGUACGCAGACGAACGUCACUCUUCUCUUCGAGCAUUCCCCCAUAGUGGAGCCAACCUACUGUGUGGAGGCACUUGUAGUACAGCACCAGGACUCUGGGGGCACUGUAACUGAGGAGCGGAUAGGCCUGGUGUCCUCCUAUAGCUUUGAGUGGAGAGGGGAGGUCCACUCUGUGACAGUCAAGGCUCAGAACAGCCAGGGCUCUUCCACUAGGAACACCCACAUGACCCUGGAGAGACACCCCAAACGUCAGUGUGUGCGUUCGUUCAGUGCAUCCCGUGUGAACAGUAGUUGUGUGGUCCUGUUGUGGUCUCUGCAGCCUAACAGCAAUGUACCGUGGUCCCUGGUCGUAGAGUGGUCGGGUCAGAACCACCAGGACAGACAGGGCCAGACCCCAGAGGGCAGGGAGAGGUGGACCAGGUUCCCCCCUACUGACAAGCUCCUCUACCUAUAUGGUCAUUUCUAUGACUCUGAUGAGUACGAGUUUAUUUUGUAUCCAGUGUUUGCGGAUGGAGAAGGAGAGCCAGUGUAUACUAAAGUCUUUAGGGGGGGUGAAGCUGGGCCUGCAGCCUACAUGCUUCUGAUGAUCAUCGCCUUCCUCGCCAUCGUCCUCUUCGUCACCCUGGUCAUAUCCCAAAACCACAUGAAGAAGUUUAUGUGGAAGGAUGUUCCCAACCCCAACAACUGUUCCUGGGCUCAGGGGAUUGACUUCAGGAAGGCUGACACUAUGGAGCAGUUGUUCCGCCAACCAGAGGGCCUGCCAGUCUGGCCACUACUCCUCGUCUCAGAGACCAUUUCCCAGGCUACCAUUGUGGAGAAGACUGGGCUCCCUACGUCAGGCCCAGACAAGGACCUGAUCCCAGCCUCCUCCCCAGCUCUCUGUGUGGACUCAGAGGUGCCUGGGAUACCGGAGGAGGAGACCCUCCAACUCCCAGAUCUCCCCAGGAGUUUGGAGAGCUCAGCCCAGCCAUCAGUGACCUACGCCACCGUGCUUCUCUCUGACAACCCCCACCGCCUCUACAAGCAGGAGGGCAGCCUCAGCAGCUCCAGCGACGAGGGCAACUUCUCCGGCAACAACUCCGACAUCUCUGGCUCCUUCCCCGGAGGUCUGUGGGAGCUGGAUAAUUCCCAUUCCCGAGCCGGAGAGUCGGACCUGGACCCACGGCGUUCCUGCUCUUACAACUCUGUGGAGGAGUUUUCUGAGACGUCAGAACAGGAGGAUGAGGCCCUGGGAGGAGAGAAGGAUGGGGGGAUGGAGGGGAUUGAGGAGAAGGACCUGUAUUACCUGGGGAUGGGCUGUCAGGAGGAGAGUGAGGGAGAGGAGGGAGAGGAGGAGGAGACGGAGGAACACACAGGGGCUAUGCUUCUCAAAGAGGUGAUGGUUCUGGGGAGAGAGGGCUCGUCCGUUGAGUCCAACCCUUUGCUCGGGCGUCAGAACUCUAUGUUUAGUGAGUCCAGUGACGAGGGGUCGGUGGUGGGGAUGAGGAUCGUCCCCCUCUAUCUCCCCCAGUUCAGAACUGCUCCCUCCAGGCAGCUCAAAGCACAGGACAGCGCCCGCCAGCUGUAAGCCCUGCUAGUGCCUCAUGUACUGAUUCACUCUGAUGCUGCUGUUUAGUCCCUCAGGAGGGAGAGGACUCAUGAGAGACACAGACAAUGGCCUGUGGCCGGUGUUCAGUCACUGAUAGGCUUGUCUUUCUGUUGAGGGCAUUUACAGAACCUUGGUUGUCUUAGAUGGCACACUAUUCCCUAUAUAGUGCACUUAGAUCCCAAUGGGCCCUGGGCAAAAGUAGUGCACUUAUAUUGAACAUUUAGAAUAUGGGGAAAAGGUGUCCGAGGGUGCAAGGCGUCCUAGAUGCUAAGCCUCUGCCCACUUUAUAAGGAAUAGGAUGCCAUUUUAUAAGCACACUCCCUCCGUCUACUGUGCUACUGUUCAGUUCACAGGAAGUCAUCUCUGUCACGUCUUCGAGCUGAGGAGUGUUGCACACUUUCAGGAACUAUUACGCUGGGAUGUAUUUAAUUAAAAAUUAGAAAAAAUGAAAGAAAAGACCUAUCUUCUGAAAAGGCCUAUCUUCUGAAAAGGCCUAUCUUCUGAAAAGGCCUAUCUUCUGAAAAGGCCUAUCUUCUGAAAAGGCCUAUCUUCUGAAAAGGCCUAUCUUCUGAAAAGGCCUAUCUUCUGAAAAGGCCUAUCUUCUGAAAAGGCCUAUAGGCCUAUCUUCUGAAAAGGCCUAUCUUCUGAAAAGGCCUAUCUUCUGAAAAGGCCUAUCUUCUGAAAAGGCCUAUCUUCUGAAAAGGCCUAUCUUCUGAAAAGGCCUAUCUUCUGAAAAUGUCUAUUUUCUUUCCGAUGGCUGUUCUAAGCUCAACAGACUGUGCAGCAUAAGCACAUGAUGGGAUCUUGUCUCAAAGCCGGUGUUACUGAAUGGUUGGUGGUGUGCAAAUGGUGAUCACGAUGAUGUUGGAUUUGGAUGUUUUUGGGACACUUAUUGUAACGCUUGUGGAGAAUUGCCUUUCAGAUCUGAAUUUGCUUUCUGAGCCCUCAAAGAAAAUAUGUCUAUUUUCUUCGUUGUAUAUGUACUGUAUUUGAAACUUUGUUAUGAUAUGUAAGAAAUGUGCCAUCUAGUUUCAUUGCGUGCCAUUUUCUAUUGAAAAAGCUGUUGCUAGGUAUACAUGACAGAAUAAUGGACAUUUUGAAACCAAUGAAAAAAAAGAAGACUCUAAAGAAUGUCUAGAAAAUACCAGAGUGAUAUGUAAUCCUUAUCAAGAUCUCUUGUCUAUUUUUCGUGGUCAAAAUAAAAUAUUUAUUGCCACGACUGUUGACUUAUUAAGAAAUGGUUAACUUGAAGGUUGAGUUGAAGAUGGUCCAUACUGAGAAAGAUAAAAUAUAAGUGUUUUCUCUUCCACCAUUACCAAGGCCAUCAGUCACUCAGACAGCAGAGAAAAGAAAGGUUAGGGUUGCAGACAGACAGUACUAGGAGAAAACCGUUGUUUUGUUGAAUAUCGACUUGGUUGUCUUGGGGAGAGAGAGCGAGAGGAGAGAGAGCGAGAGAGGAGAGAGCGAGAGGAGAGAGAGCGAGAGAGGAGAGAGAGCGCGAGAGGAGAGAGAGCGCGCGAGAGAGAGAGAAAAUAUAUACACUGAGUUGCUAUCUGCUGUGACACAGGAUUAGCCAUGUUGCUAGGCAGGGACCAUGGUUAGUCAUGGCUUCACAGCAGAACACAACCUUAUUUAUCCUUGAGAACAUAAAGACCACAGCUGCUCUCACCUCGCUGGAAGUAGGAUAUAAGCCAAACAACAACACCCACCUGGUCCAUUAAUACGUUUUCAGAAUGUUCAGAAUUUAGAUGAAAGUAGAACAAGAAUAGCCUGGUCCCAGACCUGUUUGUGCUAUCAUUCCAACUCCCUGGCAUGAUGGCACCAACAGACUGUUACCCAGGCUAGAGCAAGACAGCUCAUACAGAAUGUGCUGAAACAUGAUAGAUUGGCAUAUGAGUCAUUCAGCUUUAUUAGAUUUCAUGUGAGAAACGGACAUAUCUAUGAUCUGAAAGGGUUUGGGUAUGGAGUAACAUUUGGUCCGAUGGGAUAGUAUAAGAAAUCAGAUGUGGGAUAUUUGCAUAAUAUGGAAUUGGUUAGAGCAGGGUUUCUUAAACUAUGGUUUGGGACCCAACGUGAGCCCUGAGCAUGUGAGAGGUGGGUCCCGAGUUAUGAGUAAACAUUUAUGAUCACACACUGUUUCUUCUUAAUUUGGGUCGUUCGAGGACAGUCAAUUUCUCAUUUGGGUCUCGAGCUGAAAAAGCUGAAGAACCUCUGGGUUAGUGUUAUUUCCAGUGUGCUGUAGCAUAACUACCAGGAGAGGGUGCUCUUUAUCAACAUUUUACUGUAACAUCCCCUCAAAAUGUUUGAUUUGGCUGUAACCCUGCUGAAAAAAAAACAGAGCAGCAUAGGCUGGUGACUAGCCUUCAUUGUGUUUCCACUGGUGACCAGCCUUUGUUGCGUUUUCGCUGUUGUGUUUUCACUGGUGACCAGCCUUUGUUGUGUUUUCGCUGGUGACCAGCCUUCGUUGUGUUUUCACUGGUGGCCAGCCUUUGUUGUGUUUCCACUGGUGACCAGCCUUUGUUGCGUUUUCGCUGUUGUGUUUUCACUGGUGACCAGCCUUUGUUGUGUUUUCGCUGGUGACUAGCCUUCAUUGUGUUUUAGCUGGUGACCAGCCUAUGUUGUGUUUUUGCUGUUGUGUUUCGCUGGUAACCAGCCUUUGUUGCAUUUUCGCAGGAGAUCAGCCUUUGUUGUGUUUUUGCUGUUGUGUUUUCGCUGGUGACCAGCUUUCGUUGUGUUUUCGUUGGUGACCAACCUUUGUUGUGUUUUCGCUGGUGACCAGCCUUUGUUGUGUUUUCGCUGGUUACCAGCCUUUCUUGUGUUUUCGCUGGUGGCCAGCCUUUCGCUGUUGUGUUUUCGACUGGUGGUCAGCCUUUGUUGUGUUUUCGCUGUUGUGUUUUCACUGGUGACCAGCCUUCGUUGUGUUUUCGCUGCUGACCAGCCUUU